ACAGAAGGUGGUGGGAUGUGGCACUCCAUGGCCAUGGCGGCCAGCGACAUCUCCCUCCUGGACUCCGAGGACGCCCCCCUGAGAGUGUACGUCCAGGAGCUGAGACCUACCCCCGAGAACAAUCUGGAAAUCAUUCUGCGCAUACGGGAAGACAACAGGUGUGUUGAGAAGAAGGUCUUUGCGGAGAAAACUGAGCGUGCAGCCAAGUUCAGCAUCAACGAUCUGGAGGAGAACGAGGUCUUCGUGCUCGACACAGACUACGACAACUACCUGUUCUUCUGUAUGGAGAACACGGGCGCCGCCCAGCUGAGACUGACGUGCCAGUACCUGGCCAGGACCCUGAAGGUCGACAACGAGGUCGUGCAGAAAUUCGACAGAGCCCUCAGGACCCUGCCCGUGCACAUCCGGCUCUUCCUUAGCCCGACGCGGGUGGAAGAGCAGUGCCGCGUCUAGGUGAGCUCCUGCCUGACCCGCCUCCUGCGGUCCCAGAGAUGACAUCGCCCCCUUCCUGCCCCAUCAGAGGAAUCAGGAGGGACCGAGCCCAUCCGGGGCUCCCGG